AAAUUAGGGGUUGGGCACUUGUUUGGAGCAGUUUAACUCUGAAGAUUAUUUACCUUGCUCUCCGAAGAACACUUUAGUUCAAGAUGAGCGCAUCAGUGGCCGUAUAUAGAAAUAUAUACACUGAGGAUCGCUUCAGACAGACGUAUGGUACGGAAGACCAGUCUAGAGGGAGAGAGCGGCUCCGCGACAGACUGGCGCAGAGAUGCAGCUGCUCUCAGGUGGACUGCCUUCACCUGCUCAAGAAGAGACUGCCCGUGUGCAGCUGGCUGCCAAAAUACAAGCUCAAGAAAUGGCUUUUAGGAGAUAUCAUAGCGGGACUGACCGUUGGAAUAGUACACAUUCCCCAAGGAAUGGCCUUUGCUUUGUUGACAUCAGUGGCUCCAGUCUAUGGCCUUUACACUUCCUUCUUCCCUGUAGUUCUCUAUAUGCUCUUCGGCACUGGCCACCACGUUUCUACAGGUACCUUUGCUGUGUUGAGUUUGAUGACUGGUUCAGUGGUGGAGCAACUAGUUCCCAUCCCACUCACUCUGAACUCCAGUAGCCCAGAAGCCGCAGAGUUUGAGGCCCAGAGGAUUGGGGUGGCAUCAGCUGUAGCAUUUCUCUCAGGCAUAAUGAUGCUCUGCAUGUGUGGGCUCCAGUUGGGUUUCCUUUCCACAUACCUCUCAGAACCAAUUGUUAAGGCGUUUACAAGUGCAGCCGCCUUCCAUGUGACUGUCUCACAGCUGCAAAGCAUGUUGGGAUUACGGCUACCUCGAUAUGCUGGUGCCUUCUCUCUUUUUAAGACUCUGGCAUCAGUGAUGGAGAAUGUGCCCCACACUAAUUUGGCUGAGCUGGUGAUCUCACUGCUUUGCCUGGCUGUUCUGGUGCCAGUUAAAGAGGUCAACUCACGCUUUCGGGAGCGUCUGCGCACUCCCAUCCCCGUGGAGAUCAUCACUGUAAUAAUUGCAACAGGAAUUACAUAUGCCUUUUCCCUGGAUUCCAAAUAUGACAUACAGAUAGUAGGACAUAUUCCAGCAGGCUUCCCCGAGCCACGGCUGCCUGCAUUGGAGACAGUUCCAGAAAUUGCCGGUGACACAGUUGCUAUCACCCUUGUUGCUUACGCUGUGUCUGUAUCUCUAGCCAUGAUUUAUGCUGAUAAGCAUGGAUACUCCAUUGAUCCAAAUCAGGAGCUUCUAGCACAUGGGAUCUCCAACACUGUGUCAUCUCUCUUCACAUGUUUCCCCAAUUCAGCUACACUGGCCACCACAAACAUACUGGAGAGUGCCGGAGGUCACACACAGCUCGCAGGACUGUUCACAAGUCUGGUUGUUCUUAUUGUACUUCUGCUAAUAGGACCUCUGUUUUACUUUCUACCCAAGGCAGUGCUUGCAUGCAUAAAUGUGACCAGCCUGAGACAGAUGUUCCUGCUGUUUCAGGAUCUCCCAGACCUUUGGCGAAUUAGCAAAAUUGAUUUUAUGGUGUGGCUUGUGACCUGGCUGUCAGUAGUUGUGCUAAAUGUAGACCUGGGCCUGGCCAUUGGAGUGGUCUUCUCAAUGAUGACAGUUAUAUGUCGUACACAGAGGGCCAACUGCUCUGUGUUAGGAAGAGCUGCCAACACGGAGAUUUACAGAUCCAUCGACAACCAUAAUAAAUGCUAUGAAAUCCCUGGUGUGAAGAUCCUGACCUACAAUGGGCCCAUCUACUAUGGGAACCGUAGCUUUUUUAAGGCUGAUAUGACUCAGCUUCUGGGCCUCACCCCUGAGAGGAUACGCAGCCGAGAGAAAGCCCUGAAGGCCAUUGAGAAGAGAGAGAGAGAGGCCAUUAGCUCUGUAGAACAAGGAGUUACAGACAGUUCAUUUUCUUCAAAGAAUGACUUGUUCAGAUCAGAGAUGGCUGAGGGUGAAGUCGAGGCUGUGUUAAUAGACUGCAGCAGUGUCAUUUUCGUGGAUGUUGCUGGAGCUCGGUUAUUCAUACAGAUGUGCAUGGAUUGCCAGAAGAUAGGAGUACGGAUAUACCUGGCUAACUGCAAUGAGAGUGUACUGAAGAUUCUCACAUCCAGCGGGCUGAUGAACUACAUGAAUCCUCAGCAUAUUUUUGUUACAAUUCAUGAUGCAGUGGUCUACAUACAACAGCAGCGGGAGAAACCUCCUGAGAACAGCACAACGGUAUGGGUGUGAUCUAUCUGACACAAAGUAAUGCAAGACUGAGACUCAAAACAGGACCUAAAGAACCAGUUGGUGACUUCAAGUGUGUCAGAGAAAUUACUUAGUCAUUCCAGCAUUUAUUUCGACUCAACAUGCUGUGAUGAGUUUGUCGGGGCUAUCAGUGGUUGUUUUAACAGAUUACAGCUGUAGUGGCUGUUGUGUUCAUUACAUGCUAAAAACCUGUUCAUACCAACACAAAUAUUCUGUGCGAAAAUUCAUUGCCAUAAACAUUUUAAUUUGAAUGAACGACCAGUAAUGUGUGACCAGCACAAAAAUGUUCAUGUUAUCAAUGCAAUGGAUUUUUUUAUGGAGAGGUGUUCUAAUCUCUUUUCCAUUGCACUGGUAAAAAAAAAAACCUGGUCAAUCAAUAGGAUUCAUGCUUUAUGUCAGUUGCCCAGAGCCGCUGUUGUUACAUAAAACUAGAGUUGGUGGCACUCGCAGAUUAUUUUGCUGAUUGUCAGUUAGCAGCUUGGCUCGCUUGUCUCUGUACUCUUGUAUUUGGUUAACAAACACCAUAGUAAACACAAAAAUCUGAAUGGCUGUUUGAAAACAUGUAUAUAUUGUUUGACUCAUUUCCUUUGCCAUGACAGAAACCAAAAACGCAGCUCUUUGUGUACUGGAACAGCUGGUGUUUUUCAGCUUUUAUAAAUGCCAUCUACUGUCAGAGAGUGAAACCGCAUUUUUAUUCAGCCUCUCUGUGUUUUGUGCUUUGGUCCGAAAUCGGACCGAAUAUUUGUGCCGAACAUUCUUGUCGGUGUGAACCGGCCUUAACAUUGCCAACCAUGAUUAACAGCAGUGUUAACGGUAUUUCUAGCCCUGCAAGCCCCAUGUGUAGGCAAAAAAUAUAAAAUAUGGUUAUUUUAUUGAUUAUGUCUGAAUAUUUUCAA